AUGCUAAUCUCCUCGAGGAAUUAUUUCACUAAGAACGAACACUUCAAAGGGGUGCGAGUCUCGGCAGAUGUAAACAAAGACGCGCGAAUUACAUCACAAUAUGAGAGAAAAAGCAACAACAUCAAAUUGCACAUAGCAGAACGUGUAAAAAACGGAAAUACACGAUCCCGCGUAGCUGAAGAGAAAGAAAGAAUAUCAGGUAAAGUUAGGGGUGUUUCUGUUGAAAGAGGGAGUGUCCUCAAUUUCACCGCCCUCUUGAUCACACAAACUCUCUCAAAACACUUACUACCAGUAUUUGGUCAUAGGGUGGAGUGAUUAAAAAUGAGUUCGCCGGUUCGCGAUAUAGAGGUUAACGUGGUCUCUAGUCCGGAGUCCUCCAGCAGGAACGGCUCGCCCGAACCCGAAAAUUUUCGCCUCAUCAACCACAUUUCGCCCCCGAACAUUACGUGCUUCCCCGUUAUCAAAACCAGUGACGACGAAAAGACUGACAACAAGGACCUGUCCAAGGUGCAGAAAAGCUCGGGAGCUUCGACGAAUUUUUCCAUUUCGAGUAUUUUGUCGCGGACGGAACCGUCGGCGAAGAAAAACGGUUUUUUUGCUACUGGACAGGGUAUCUUAGACGGCGGUGUUACCAACAAUACUGACAGUGCCAUGCUUUCUCGGUUGGGCCUCAUGACACAUUUCGGCGCCCUCGCCGCCGCCAGCAGCAGGUACGCCGCCCUUUGCGGGGGCCCAACGGACCCCAGGACGUUACCAUGGUACUGGGGACGGAUACCCUCGCAGCUACCGCAGGAAAAGUCGAGUCCUAACGGUGGCUCAACCAACGACGACCAGUCCCCCCCCAUCUCGCCCCGUGACAACCAAAACACGUCACACACAAUCGAAAACAGCCGAUCGUCUCGCCCUUCGUCUCCUUCCGAUCACCAGCGAUCUCCCCCCGGCAGCCCCCACCACAUCCCAUCAACCCAUCCCGCCUUCCUCGACCAAAACUACAUCAACAUGCGCUCAAAAAGCCCAUACCGAGAAGGCGACAACAUGGUCAUAGACGAAGAAGUGGAAGAAGACGAAAGCGACUACGACAACAACGACAAAGACAAGAAAAUCCAGAACUCCAACCUAAGUCCCGGCAACUCCCUCUCCAACAAAAGGAAAAAGAAAACGAGGACGGUUUUCUCUAGAUCGCAAGUUUUCCAAUUAGAGUCGACGUUCGACAUGAAGAGGUACUUGUCGUCGUCAGAGCGCGCCGGUUUGGCUGCUAGUUUACACUUGACGGAAACCCAGGUGAAGAUCUGGUUCCAGAAUAGGAGAAACAAGUGGAAGAGGCAGCUGGCGGCGGAGCUGGAGGCGGCUAAUAUGGCGCACGCCGCACAGAGGUUAGUGCGGGUGCCGAUUUUGUACCAUGAGUCGGCCAACUCGACGAUAAGGCACCCGUUUGAGCAGAAUCAUGGGUUGACUUUGCACCAUCCGUUGGAGGUUAGUAGGGAUGGUAGUACCAGUGGGGGUAGCUCGGUGACGUCACCCGCUGGGUAUCCUAGUUCCUUAUACUAUCACCAUCAAGCGGCUGUGGCUGCGGCAGUGCAUAAUUUACCAUCCAGUCCAGUGAAUCGACCGCCCAUGUCUGGACUCGUCUGA